UAUUAUCCCUAAAUAUUAUCCCUAUAUAUUAUCCUAUGUCAUUAAAGAAUUUUUAUUCAAAUUACUGAUUAUUAGUUAUUGUUUAUGAAGCAUUAAAAUGCAGAGAAAAAGAAUUAUAAAUUUUUCAGAAUAAUCAACAAUUCGUAUUGCUUUUACAAUUAAAAUUAUUAAACUAUUAAUAAUUAUUUUCAAUAUUCAUUUUGUUAAACAACAAUUUGUUUUACGGUUAUUAUCUUAUAUAAAAUAAACAGAAAAUUACAUAAAAUAUAUUUAUGGUUUAUGUUAAAAAAAAUUUAUUAAGGCUAAUACGCAAUAGAUCAAAAAAUUAUCUUUAAAUUAAUUAAUAAAUUAUUUUUUAUUAUAUAUUAAAUAUAAUAUAAUUUUACAAAUUAUAGCAUUAGAAAUAUAAUAAUAUUAGAAAAAAAAUAACAAUUAUAUUUAAAAUUAAAUAGAAUUUAAAAACUGUAUUUAUAUAACAUAUAAAUAUUACUAAUGGUGAAUUUAAGUAGUUCCAAUUAUAACAAUCAGUUGUUACAUAAAUAAAGAAAAAAAAACUUUUGUUUCUUUAAUGUAAAGACAAUAAUAAUAUUAUUAUUCUUAUUAAAAUAUUAAUAAUUAAUAUUAAUAUUAUUAUAUAUAUUAAUAAUUAAUAUUAUUAUUAUAUUAAAAUAAAAUGUUACGUUCAACAUCAAAUAAUGUUUUAAAACAGAGACAAAAUUUAAUACGAUGUUUGAAUAUGCAAAAAUCUACAAAAGGAAAAAAUAAUAAGUCAACAAUAAAACUAAAUGUUUCAGGACUCAGUGAAAAAUGUUGUAAAGUUCCAAGUACACCUGUAGGACCUAAUGCUGCUAAAAAUACAGAAUAUAAAAAUCCAGAAUAUUUUUGUUAUCAUACAGAAACUUUUGGAGAAGCAGAAGUAGAAUUAGCAAAAUAUAGAUUACCAGCUCCUUCUAAUAAAGUACCUUUUCAUAAAUAGUUUUUUACUUGUAUUCUAUUAAUAAAUAAUCAUGUAGUAAAUAAGAAAAAAUAAUUAAUAAAUAAUAUUUAAAUAGAAAAAUUAUAAAAUUUCAAGUUUUUAAUGAAACAUGAAAAUAUAAAUUAAUAAAUAUACAAAUAUUUUAUUUGAAAAUUAUAAUAUGUGAUACAAAUAAUAUUAUAAUAAUAUAAAAUAAAAUAUUAAACACAUUAAAUUUUAUUUUAAUUAUAACUUAACCAAUUAUGUACUUUUAUAAAUGAACAAUAAAGUUUAUUAUAUUAAAUAAAAA